AUGCAGCAGCUGACGUUUCCGAUGCCUCCCACUGAGGAAGAGUGUCAGCUCUACUACUACGGACUUACAUAUUGCCCUAGACUCGUCGCACGCUCAAGCAGCCAUGUUUGGGUAAAACGACAGCUGCCCAACCGGAUCGCUUUCGCAGGCACCGAAAAUAUGGCUCCCAAAGCACUUAAAACUGUCACAGAACAUGCCUUCAUGCAUAUAUGGAAUAACCCAAUAUAUACCCUACAGAUGCAGAUCACACUCGCGGCCAGCGCUGCCCAAUUUAUCUCCAUCGACCUUUUCGGUAUUGGAUACGAUGAUGGAGUUAACAAAGAUUUUCCUAUUACCCUUAUUGUUACUGUUAGGCCGCGUUCAUUACCAUGGAGUGAAGGAUAUGCUAUUGCACGAACAUGCAAAUUGAUCCUCGAAUCUUUUAAUAUUCAUGAUGUGGAGUGCGAAAUUCGAGAGCUUGUCAUGGUUCAUUGGUAA